AUUCAAUAUGGAUACUUUUAUGUGUUAUCUGGAUACUUUUAUAUGUUAUCUGGAUACUAAUUAUGUAUGUAUGGAUACUAUUCUGUGUUGUCUAGAUAUUAGUUUGUGAAUUUGGGAUAAUAGUUGAUUCAUGGUGGAUAUCAAUUAGCUAACCUUGAAUACUAGUCUGUGAUCUCUAGAUAUUUUAGUACUUGGAUACUAGUUCAUGUAUUUUGGAUAUCAGUUAGUAUCUGCUAACGAAUCUUCAAGUUAGCAGACUAACUUUCCCCAAGUUGUAGUAGUACUCAAUUCCCUUCCAAAUCCAAUUCACCCCCUCUCUACUAUCAAUACAGGAAUUAGAGUGCAAAAUGAUACUUCUCAAUUAACCAGUUAGUUCCAAUAAUCGAGUUGUAAUGACGAUAUCAAUAGUUGAGUCGAGUGCAAGGUUGUCAACCCGCGGGUCGACCCGCUUUGACCUUGGCCCGGUGGGAAAAAUGGGUCACACGCACCUGUCGGGUCGACCGCUACAAGGUACCGGGUUGGAGGUCAAAUUGUGUCAUUUUUUUCUUUGGUUUGCGAAAUGCGCAUAUUUUCCGAUUUUUCUUUUUGCCUAACUCAAUCUUUGGAAUCCUAAGUUGAACAUUUGAAUACUGAUGUUAUAUAAGUGUGUGUGAAUUUUCACUAUAUGUGUGAUCUAAGUACGACAUGUUAUUUUGGUGUAAUAUUAUAUGUUAUAACUCAUAUGUUAGAUGAUAUUUCAUAUAACUUAUCAGGAUAAGUACAAUAUAAUUACUCUUUUCAUAUUUACAGGCUAAAUCGGGUGCCCAUUAACCCUUAACCCACUAGCUCGACCGGGUCCGGGUCAGCCCACGGGUUGACAACCUUGGUCGAGUGUUAAAGGAAUAGGAGGUUCAUAUAUAUGGGUUUUAUUUGUCAAAGAUAUUCCCAUAUAUAUGCUUACUCGGCUAUGAGUAAGAAGAGAAUAUGUUACCGAAAAUCAGCUAUACUGUGAAAACGGGAUCGUAUGGCAAUUAAAAUUCGAUCGCAAACUAUAAUUCUAAAAAGACUUUUGUAUGUUUUUUUAAAAGAUAUAAUAAUAAAUCCUUUUUUUAAAUGAGAUUAAAACAAUAAAUUCCAAAUGCAUUGGAAAAGAAGGAAAUUUAUAAUCUGGAGAAAAGAUUAAAAAUAACAGGCAAGGUCCAUGAAAUAAAAGGGCACAAAGACGAGUAGGAUUAGGUUAGGAUGGGCCAAUGGAAUAGCGUUAAAAAAUAAACAAAUAAUUAAAGGGAAAAAAAGAGCAUUUAUCAUUGGCACUUUCUCCCUCGUUGCCAUCGCUGACCAAACCCAAAACCAUAUUAACAGAUACGACCAUUUUGCCCCAAUUCCCAAUUCCAAAGGAUUUGGACCGAACGCAGUUCCUCCCCGCUAGACGAAGAAGAGUCACCAGGCGUGUGCUAAGCACGGCAGCUGUUUCUUCUUCCCUUCCUCUAAGUCCGACCUCUGUUCUCUCUUUUAACCAGAUCGAUACAUUUGGGAGAGAGGAGGAAUCUAGCCCUUCUUUGUUUUCACAUCUCUACCACCUAAUCCCUCUUUUCAUAUUCCUUGCUUCGUCUCCUCUUUUUCAUCGCCACAUUCCUCUCUCUCUCUCUCUCUCUCUCUCUCUCUCUCUCUCUCUCUCUGUCCCUCGCCGGUCCAAAUUCCUGUUCCCCUAUUCCGGGUUUCAUUCAAUUGUAAGGUAUGUAUUCAUCGACUUGUGCUGUCAGUUUCGCACCCGCUACCGACUUGAUUGCUUCCCCUCUUGUAAUUAUAAGAAAUGGGAUUUACGCAACUUUCGUUUCUGAGAUCCCUGGCUUGCUCUUGGUUUCUGGGUUUUGCUGGGUUUUAAUUAUCUGUAUAGCUUUGAUGGAUUCUGUAUGUCCGUCUACUGGCUAAGGGUAUUGACCAAUUGAGCUUAAUUGAUUCACUUCUUGGGUAAAGUUCAGAAAUGGUAUGAUAAACCAUUUAUCAAUAACUUUCGGAAAUGAUAUGAUAAACCAGAAAUGGAUGGUUUAAGGCUGCCCAGUUAUCAAUAACUUUACAAGUUGAUUCCACUUAUUUGCUCGGUUAGAACUUUUUCUGUGAUGUAAGCUUGUCUCUUUCUGUUAUUCUCAGCGACUGUGUUGUCGCCUGUCUUUUGCAGCAAUUGCCUUAUCUAUUUUGGAAUUUCUCUUUAUAGAUUCUAAGAGUUGUGCUGUGAUCUGGUCAAGGUUCUCUGUGCUUGUAAUUUGUAUGCCACUCUAUGACUUAUGGUUACAUCUUACCUAGUUGUGGUAGUAUAAGCAUCAGUAGUUCGCAUACAGAAUUACAGAUCUUCUAUCCUUGUAUGCAUAAAAUUGCGCAAAGUUUUCAGCUUUGGAAAGAUUAGUUGCACUUGCAGGCUUUGCUUCUUGUGUUCAUUAGCCUGUUGUGUACCUUAAGUUUGAUGCUUAAAGAAUUGUCAACUUGUGGUGUCAUGGUUGAUGUUAUUACUCACAACCCUGUUGAAGGCAUAUGUAGUAAAAGCUUUUCCACUUUUAUGCAGGUAGCUUUCCGGCAGUAAGAUGGACUUCUUAUUCAGAGGCUUAAACGAGGACCCUUCCCCGGUGGAUAUGCUUAGGUGUCCAUUUUUGAGAAAUAUCAAUGAGCCAACUAAUUUUUCCUUCUCCUCAGCCAUGCCCUUCCCUAUGCCUGUGCGCUCUGGCAAAGGUCCUAUUUUUGAAGAUGGCCCCAAUUUUGAUUCGACAUUCAGACUAUUCCAUGGACAAGAUGGAGUAGUCCCACUGUCCGAAAGAUCAUUCCCAGUUUCAGACAGAAUUGAGACCCACCUGCAAACCCGUCCUGAGUUUAACCCAUUAGCUGCAAAGGCAGCCACGAUCAGUCUCUCAUCUUUUGGCCCUGGUGGACCCUUUAGCUUCGAUGCCUUCUCUAAGAAGUGGAACAACAGUCAGAGCAAGAAAAACUCCAAAUCAUCCAAAAAAGGCUCACAGGGAGGAAACUCAGAGCAUGAGUCAAUGAGCAACGAAUGGCUGCAAAAUGGGAACUGUCCGAUAGCAAAGUCAUAUCGAGCAGUCGGCAACGUGUUACCACUUGUUGCCAAAGCAUUUCAGCCACCACCUGGGGUUAAAAUCAGGUGCCCGCCUGCAAUUGUUGCUGCUAGAGCAGCUAUAGCACGUACCGCCUUUGCCAAGAAUCUUAGGCCGCAACCUUUGUCCUCAAAAGUACUGGUGAUUGGGAUGCUAGGCAUGGCUGCAAAUGUCCCCCUGGGAGUAUGGAGGGAACACACUAAGAAAUUCUCUCUCUCGUGGUUUACAGCCGUCCAUGCUGCAGUUCCCUUCCUAGGCAUGCUCAGGAAAUCCGUGCUGAUGCCCAAAUCAGCCAUGGCUUUCACCAUCGCAGCAUCGAUAUUAGGCCAAGUGAUUGGUUCCAGGGCAGAACGAUACCGCCUGAAGGCAAAGGCCAAAGCUGGGGAGGAGAUCACUUUAGUCGAAACUCGUGUGCAUCACUCUCCAUCACCCAUACACCAACAACCCAUUGCUGUGAAAACUGGGCACGGUGGCAAUCUGAUGGAGUAUCCAGUCGCCAUCCAUGGAGCUGGCGCUCCUUCUCCAACUGCAAAUGUGCUCUGCUAAUUCAUCACCUCUAUCUCAGUGCUUGUUGUUGUUAAGACUUCCAUCAUCUUUAUCCACUUGUAAUUGCAGCAGAAAUGCUGUUUGGUUCGUUCGAUUUGUGUAUUUAAUGACUGGCUGUCAUCUUGGUUGUGAAAGACAUGAUAUUGGCGGAGUUUGAGGAAAUGAAUAAUAAUUGAUGGGUUUGUAUUAUCUUCAAGAUAAAUGGUGCUGCAGCUGCCUCUUUCCUUUGAUGAAAUGAAGCUUGCCUGCUGCCAGAGUGGUUGAACUGUCAAAUACUCAAAUGUUAGGUAACAACCAACUUUGCUGAAAUUGUCAACUUAAACGUGCCUUUCGUGGAAUAAUAACAUAAUAAUACU